UCCUUGUUGAGAAUGGUUUGGGAGAAUGGGAAAUUCCUGAACCUGCAUCAACCUCUAAAUUACGCGAAUUCUUUCCUAGAAUUAAUACUUUAUAUACUUCUGUUAGUAAUCAUCCAAAAGCCGAUGAAACUAUACAAGAUGUUCAUGACAGAUUAAAUAAAACUAUGCAAGAAAUUAUUUCUCGUUGUGAGGCUGAAGGUCAAAUAAAAUCUAUUUUGUUAGUUGGACAUGCCGCAUCUGUAACUGCUGGUGUAAGGGCUGUUCUUGAGGACCGAUUGGCUGUGGUUAAUUGUGGAACUUGUUCAUUAUCAAAAUUUGUUAGAGAAGGUGGUAAAUGGAAACUUAGACUUAAUGGAGAUUGUUCAUUUUUGAGCGGUGGUGAAGAGAACAAUUGGGCUUUUGAUUAGUUUUUUUUUUUUUAUCCAUAUUACAAAUCAACGCACGGACUCAUACUAAAUUUAGUAAUUACAGUAGUUACACGUGUUUAAAUAAUCCAUAAAAAAAUUUGAUCAAAAAUAAAAUUCGUAUUUAUUUAUUGUAAUUUUGAAUUCAAUAUGAACAUUUU